AUGACCGAACAACAAUCUACAGGAAGUGCAUGGCCCGAUCCACCAUCUUUUUACAAAAGAUACACUGCAGAAAAUGUAGAGAAACUUAAAAAAGCCAGAAAGACCGGCAUAUACCCAGAAACACCCAUCAGCUUACCACCACUACCAGAUUUUUUACUGAAAUCUCUCGAACCACCAACCCCACCUACAGAUUCCUACAAGAUAUUUGACCAGACAUGGCAGGUGGAAGACCGACUAGCCACCCUUAAUGAACUGGGAGUAAAGCAACUAUUCCCAGAAGGGCAGAUUGAUCGUAUUAAAGAAUUAAAGAAACUAAACAGGACCUUGAUUGUACAAUAUCUUGGUCUGCUUGACAUUCUAGUAAAUAAUCCAGACGAGGCAAGAGAAACCCUAAAACUGUUGAUGGAAAACCAAGUGGCUAAAAAACGGCAACAAGCAGCAGAGUUACGGAGGAAAAGUGCAGAGACAUUGCAGAUGUUACAUGAUUUUGGACAGGAGAUUGGCCAUUCCUUAACAGACCAUACUGGGCGUGGGGGUGAAGUAUUUGGAAAAUUUGAGCACAUUGACCACCUGGGCUCAAAUAGCGAGGAUGUUAAAAUGAGUGAGACAUGUAUUAAAAAUGAAGGUACUAGUGAUGCAUUGGAAUUGAAUGUAACUUCUGCUAUUGAUAGUAUAGUAUAA